AUGCUUCUCCUCCUCUCCACGCUGGUCCUGCUCACACAGCCUCCAAGGUCUGAAGGAGCAGAGGUGACGACGGCUUCCCAGAAACCUUUGAUUGAUGACUGCACCCUGGCCAUGUGUAGCCCAGUGGAGAAUGGCCUGCCUGGUCGUGAUGGACGAGAUGGGAGAGUGGGCCCCCGGGGCGAGAAGGGGGAUCCAGGUAGGGCUGGACCUCGGGGCAGGCAGGGUUCACCAGGAGCUACAGGGCCAAUAGGGAUGCUAGAUGUCCCCAAUGUGGAGAAUGGCUCUGCUGGAGAGCCUGGACCAAAGGGAGACUUGGGGCCACGUGGACCUGCGGGAUCUCCAGGUCCACCCGGGCCGGCUGGAAGAGAAGGUCCCUCAGGAAUGCAGGGGGAUGUAGGACCCCAAGGCUCACCAGGCCCCAAAGGAGAGCCUGGGCCCAAAGGAGAAGUGGGUGCCCCAGGCGUGCAGGGCUCUGCAGGGACAAGAGGCCCCCUAGUUCUCAAAGGAGAGCAAGGUGCCCCUGGUGAGCGUGGAGCCCCUGGGAAUGCAGGCCCAUCAGGACCUGCAAGACCCCUGGGAUUUCCGGGAUCUCUCGGCAUCUUGGGCCCCCCAGGACUGAAGGGGGACAGAGGUGCUCCUGGGGAGAGAGGAGCAAAGGGAGAGAGUGGGCUUCCAGACAUCGCUGCUCUGAGGCAGCAGGUGGAGGCCUUGCAGGGGCAGGUAGGACGCCUUCAGGAAGCCUUUAUUCAGUAUAAGAAAGUGGAGCUCUUCCCCAACGGCCGAGAUGUUGGCCAGAAGGUCUUCAAGACAGCAGGCUUUCAGAAACCUUUCCAGGAGGCAAAGCAAGUGUGCGCACAGGCCGGGGGGCAGCUGCCCUCCCCACGCUCUGCAGCUGAGAACAAGGCCUUGCAACAGCUGGUGGAGGCUGAGGACAAGGGUGCUGCGUUCCUGAGCAUAACAGCCUUCUGGACUGAGGGCACGUUCACCUACCCAGGAGGGGAGCCCCUGGUCUAUUCCAACUGGGCCCCCAGGCAGCCCAUCAACAAUGGUGGCAAGGAGCACUGUGUGGAGAUCUUCACCAAUGGCAAGUGGAAUGACUUACGCUGUGGAGAGAAGCGCCUUGUGAUCUGCCAGUUCUGAGCCCGCGAGGUGGGUAGGUGAGCUGUGGCCCAGGAGCUGUCCCACAUAACAAUGAAGAGCUGAGGACUCUGUGGCCCGGCUUCUGCACAGAGCCCUGGGAUGAGGCCAGCCAAGGGCUCCCAUGGAACUCCUCUCUCAGAAUAAAAUACA